AUGGGGAAGCUUCCUGCGGAUGAAUUUUUUCGGUGGACAUCUGAGAUGAGUUUGGUGGAAUGUAUGAGAAAUGUGAUGACUUCGGAGGAUCCAAAACAAGCAGUUGAUCCGAAGCUUUUGGGGAAUGGUUAUGAGGAACAGAUGCUUCUUCUUCUUAAGAUUGCUUGCUUCUGUAAGAAAGGUCCAACAGUAAAGAUGCCAGGGGGAAAGGGAAAUAGGAUCUCUGAAUUGCUUUUGAUCAGAAGGAGAGGAUUCACGAACGGGGAGGGGGAGGAAACGACAACAGGGGGUGUUUGGAGGGAAGCUAAGCUCGUCCUCGAUUGCGUUGGACCUUUUCGCCUUUACGGUGAGCCCGUCGUCGCUGCCUGUGUUGAAGCGGGGUGCGAUUACCUGGAUAUUUCAGGUGAGCCGGAGUUCAUGGAGAGGAUGGAAGCCGUGUACCAUGAGAAGGCGGUGGAGAAAGGUAGUUUGGUGAUCUCGGCUUGUGGGUUUGAUUCGAUUCCGGCAGAAAUAGGGUUGAUGUUCAAUUCCAGGCAGUGGGUUUCGCCGGCAGCUCCCAAUCGGAUCCCUGGUCCUCCUCCUCCAAAAGGAUCAACCAUAGAACACCAAAAACAGAUCGGACUUUGGGCUGUUAAACUACCAUCAACCGACGCCACCGUUGUCCGGAGAACGCUUUCCAUUCUUACAGAAAACCCAAACGGUCUUGAAGGAGUCAGCGAGGAUCCUAAACACGCAGAGAAACGCUCCUCCUUUUGGUCUACAAUAAAACCUGCUCAUUUCGGAGUAAAGAUUGCCACCAAGAAUCUUCUGGGUAUGAUUGGAAUCAUCGCCGCCGGGAUAUCAAUUGGGCUUCUGGGCAUCUUCUCAUUCGGGAGGUGGCUUCUAUUGAAAUUCCCCUCUUUUUUCAGUUUUGGAGGGUUCAGAAAGGAAGGUCCCACAGAGGAAGAAGUCGCUAGCGCCAGUUUCAAGAUGUGGUUCAUCGGCCAUGGCUUCAGUGAAUCCUCUCCUCUUCACCACUUCUUUUUCUUGUUCCAGUUACUGUCGAUGAGAGGGGGAGGAAGGCAGAAAGAAAACGACAACAGGGGGUGUUUGGGUUGCUUGGUGUGUCGUAAAACUGUGGGAGAAAACGGAGGGGGCUGCUGCCCUUGGCUCGCCGGAAACCACCAGCAAACACCUCUGGUGGGGGUGUUUUUGUUGCACCUCGAAGAUAGGAGAAAAAGAAGGGAGUGUGAGAGGAAAUGGAAGAAUGAAAAGUUGUAUUUAUCUAUGAAUAGCAGUUAUUCAUUUGUGGAUAGCAGUGCAUUCAUGUGUGAAUAA